UCUUCUACAUACACGCCCCAAACCCCUCCACCUUCCGUCUCUCUCUCUCUCUCUCUCUGUUUUACGUUUUUCCCAAUUCCGAAACACCAAAUUGAGCUAAAUUUUGAUCAUAGAAAUUUGGUUGUAACAGUUUCUCAUCACGUUAAUGGCUGCAUCCCAGCAGAUUGCUGAUUCUAUAGCCUUUACUGGUUCUGAGAAUGCAGCAGGUUUAUGGGACAAAUAUCCUCCACAUGUUAAUGUUGAAAGCUCGGGAAAUUCUACUUCUGGCGUUUAUGAUCAAAAUCCAUCUGUGAUGUUUCAUAGUUACGGUUACGUUCCUCAAAUGUCGCAUAGACCGUGUGCUCCACCUUCCUUUCAACCGUCUUCUUUAAGGAAUCAUGAUAACUUAUACUCAGAUCCAUCUUACUACCAUCAACCAAUUCCUCCAAAUGUUCAAUAUGGUGCUUCACUAGGUCCACUUAAUCAAGCAGUAAGUCAAUCUGGGAACAACCAAUCAAGACCCGUAUGUGCAUCUCCAUUCGGAUAUUCUGGUACAGAAAGCAACCUUUUUGGAAGUUCCAGUGGUUUUGAUUUGAUGCAGAAGGAAUUUGAGGGGUUAGGAUUCGGUGGAUUACAUUCGAACUUGUUAAAACCAGUGAAUAGUCAAAGCUCCUUAAUUCAAUUGUCAUCAAGAACUGCUUUCCCGAAACUAACUGAUUUUCGGGGACUGCCUGGGAAUACUUUUAGAAUGGCUUCCCUUCAAGAGGAACCACUAUAUGGAUACAGAUCUUUGACAAGCUCCUAUCAUGGAGGCUUCCCUAAUUAUGAUCGGUGCUAUGGCUGCCGAAAUAUCUCCAACAACAAUCCUGGAAUUAGCGGUCAAAGCUGGUUUAUGGGUAAGGAGGCUAGUGGAGGUGGAAGGAAGAAUGAUCUUUUAUGCAGUUGUGCAGGUAUGGUAGCAACACAAACUGCUCAAAACAAGGGACCUAGGGCAUCAAAGCCGAAAAGCGUGACAAGAGCUAAUUGUUCCAGCAGCGAUGAAAGCAAUCACGAAAUGCCUAAUAAUUUUCGGAACAAGUGUAACCAACCGGAUUUUGUAACCGAGUAUAAGGACGCAAAGUUCUUUGUCAUCAAAUCUUACAGUGAAGAUAACGUCCAUAAGAGCAUAAAGUAUGGCGUUUGGGCUAGCACCCCUAGUGGCAACAAGAAAUUGGACGCUGCAUAUCGUGAAGCAAAAGAGAAAGACAUUCCGAUAUUUCUGCUAUUUUCAGUUAAUUGUAGUGCUCAAUUCUGUGGAGUGGCUGAGAUGGUAGGGCCUCUUGACUUCAACAAUAACGUGGACUAUUGGCUGCAAGAUAAGUGGACCGGGCAAUUCCCUGUCAAGUGGCACAUUAUAAAAGAUGUUCCCAAUAGUCAGUUUCGUCACAUUAUUAUUAAAGAUAAUGACAACAAGCCCGUCACAAACAGCAGAGAUACUCAGGAGGUGGAACUGAAGCAUGGAAAUGAUAUGCUCAACAUUUUAAAGAAUCAUGAAGAUUGUUCAUCAAUCUUAGAUGAUUUUGACUUCUACGAAGAGCGGCAAAAAGCAAUGGAGGAGAGGAAGGCUGGCCAACAAGGGAAACCAGGCUCAUUGUCCGUGACUGGAGGCGAUCUUUUGCACCGUGCCAAUACACAAUGUCGUUUUCCCAUGUCUCUCUGAGGACCACACAAACAAAACAGCUUUUUGAGAACUACUCGUGUUUGAGUGCGAAUAGAAAAGAAAAGUGCGGUUGGCUAGAAAAGUCAACCAACUUGACUGAACAGUUUUUUUUUUUUUUUUUUUUU